AGCUUGCUUCUCUAUCUUUGCUGACACACAAACUAAUUUUUCAGUUUUGUAAACACUUGCUGAGAUCAAUUGUGAAGAUUUGGAAGCUAGUACUAGUAGUAGUUUGAAGAGAAGCUGUUCACCAUGUCGAAAAAGAAAGUUUGCUACUACUAUGACUCUGAUGUUGGAAAUUACUACUAUGGCCAGGGCCAUCCAAUGAAGCCACACCGAAUUCGCAUGACCCACAACUUGUUGCUGAACUAUGGAUUGUACAGGAAGAUGGAGAUUUAUCGUCCCAAGAAAGCCGACGUCUCGGAAUUAACGAAGUACCAUUCUGAUGACUACAUCAAGUUUCUUCGAACAAUUCGUCCGGACAACAUCGGUGAACAUUCCAAACAAAUGCCGCGUUUUAAUGUUGGCGAGGACUGUCCCGUAUUCGAUGGCCUUUUCGAGUUCUGUCAGCUUGCGACCGGAGGUUCUAUUGCUGGUGCGAUCAAGCUCAACAAGAAGCAGGCGGACAUUGCUAUCAACUGGUCUGGUGGCCUGCAUCAUGCCAAGAAGUCUGAAGCGUCAGGCUUCUGUUACGUCAACGACAUUGUCCUGGCCAUUCUCGAGCUGCUCAAGUAUCACCAGAGAGUUCUGUACAUCGACAUUGACAUCCAUCAUGGUGAUGGUGUAGAAGAGGCGUUUUACACAACCGACAGAGUGAUGACCGUGUCCUUCCACAAGUAUGGGGAGUACUUUCCUGGAACAGGCGAUAUUAAGGAUGUUGGAGCAGGGAAAGGCAAAUACUAUGCUGUCAACUUUCCUCUGCGUGAUGGCAUUGACGACGAUUCGUACCAGUCCAUUUUCAGACCUGUGAUAGCCAAGGUUAUGGAGAUGUACAGACCAAACGCUGUCGUUCUUCAGUGUGGUGCUGACUCUCUGUCCGGUGAUCGUCUUGGUUGCUUCAACCUCUCCCUCAAGGGCCAUUCAGACUGUGUGGAUUACGUGAAGAGCUUCAACUUGCCAUUGCUUCUGCUCGGUGGCGGCGGCUACACAAUCCGUAACGUGGCUAGAUGCUGGACUCUGGAAACUGCCACGGCUCUCAAUGCUGAAGUCGGCAAUGAACUGCCGUACAACGACUAUUUCGAGUACUUUGGACCUGACUUCAAGCUGCAUAUCAGCCCCAACAAUAUGGCCAAUCAGAAUUCGCCCGAGUACCUUGAUAAGAUUAAGACCCGUUUGUUUGAGAACCUACGACUUAUUCCCCAUGCUCCUGGAGUGCAAAUGCAACCAAUUCCCGAUGACGGUAUGAACCAGGACAGUGAUGACGAGGACAGGGAGGAUCCGGAGAAGCGCAUUACAUUGCUGAGUAGUGACAAGCGCAUAGAGCGCAGCAACGAGUACUCCGACUCUGAAGACGACGACGGCCGACGUAACAGCCAAUCGCACGCCGUGGCACGCCGACGCGUUGCCCCGGCAAUCGCGCCGCAAGUCACCAAUGGCAUGAGCACAACACCAGACAUCUCUACUCCCGUUACGAAUGGUGCAGCACCCGUACCACCACCACCACCGCCAGCAGUUGCUGUACAGCCAGCUCCGGCAGCAGCAUCGACUACCGUCUCUCCACCGCCGCCUCCUACAGUACCAACACAACAACCAUCCGGUGACAUUCCAAUGGAUGAGACCCCAGCACCUGCUGUUGAAGGCACCGUAUCUGCACCGCCUGCCCCAGCGUCAACUUGAACCUAUGCACAGUCAGCUGGAUAUGAACUGCCCGAAACGAGCUGCUAGUUCAGCCACACGACUAUAAACAGUAUUUCAUUUCAUGUGCGUCACUGCUUCCCUGAGAGUUACCAUGUGGCCAGUGUGGCUGCUGAUCCUCGCGUCCUAGUCUUCAGACGCCUAUGUCAUAAAAUUAAAAAAAGCGGUAGCUGCUCAUACUCACGCUCCGAAUGAUCUGCUCACGAAAUCUGCGCUACUACUAAACUAGCAUACUCUGGACCAUUUCUGUUGCAUGUGUGGCUGCUUGCUGGCGCUAGUCAGUCGAGUGCUCUGGCAUUUAACCAGCCUGUGCUGGUACUUACUCUGCCUUUGUUCAGUGCAUCACUCGUCCCAAACCGAUUUUAUUGUGAUUGUGUGCAAUUCUCCGACUGUUUCCAAACAACAACCUGUAUCAUACGAAAAUACUAGCCAUGUCGACGAUAUUUUUGCCUCUCCUGUAUAAAGUUUUCUCCGUUGUCGUUAUGUUUUUCUCUCUCUCUUUCUCUCCCUUCUGGCAGCUCUUAUCUGCCGCUGUGUUUCUGUUUGUGGUGUUGUUGUGUAUAUAAGAGUGACGUGUUGUUGUCCUUUCUCCUCGCGCUCUUCUGUGUUUUGCUGCUACUUUUGUUAUAACUACGUGUUUGUUUUCGUUCUCGCACAUUUGCUGUUCGCCCAGUGCUAUUGCUUUUUGUUCUCUAUAACACAACAGUCAUUCUCGCGAGUGUUGUCUGUGUUAGAGGAUUCUCUUCUGCAGUGCUGGCUCCUUGUAAAACCAGUAUUCUGCUCUUUCAGUCGUUGUAUUGCUCGUUGCUGGGUUUGGGGUAGGUAGACCGUAGUGCCUAGUACUACGACUUCCCUGUUAUAAUAAAAUAUUUUAGUAUUGUUGUUUUUUGGUCUUUCAUGUAUUCUCACUUUUUGCGACUCUUGUGAGCCAUACAUAAUCAUUGCACAAGAAAAUGACUCUCUGCAUA